AUGAGCAGCAGAGCCGUCUGCCCAGGGCAAGGCAGGGACGGCUCAUUCGGAGAGAAGGUCAAGCUGUGCUGCGGCAUCGCCCACGACCACCUCCGCCGCCUGCCCGGCUUGAAGGUGACAGCCCUGGCGGCAAUUCAGAGGGACAUGAGAGGGCUGGUGCUAAGAGGAUCCCGUCGCCUGCCUUCCAAAAUUCCUCGUUAUAUUCAGAGGCUGGUGGGGAAGGAGACAGCCGCCUGUCCUCGGACGGUCGGAGACGUCGGCCCCAGCUGCUUCUCCAGCGUGGACCUUUCCUUCAUCGCCCAGGGCGAAAGGGCCCUGCAGCGAGCCCUGAGCAUCCUGCAGCAGCCCGUCGGCUGGCAGGCAGAAAUGCUGCUGGACACCGGGGCCAGCGUGGCCAGCGCUGCCCUCCCCGGGCUGGGCACAGUGUUCCGGGCAGAGGUGGUCCUGGCGGCGCCGGUGGCACGGCUGCAGCGGGAGCUGUUUGAGGGGAUGGAGGGGCAGCUACAAGGAGCCUGAUCCCUGGGACGCUCCUCGCUCCCGUAGGUGCUGCAGCGCGUCGGGACGGACACCUUGGUGACACACGAAGUCACUGCUCCCAGCCCGGGCAACCUGGUGGGCCAGCGGGAUUUCGUCAGCGUGCGGCACCGCGGGAGGAGGGAGGCGGCCGUCUGCCCUCCCCCCACCCCCCAGAGUGACCGUCACGGGGUGUCAUGUCCCCGCGGGGGGACACCACCGCUGCACAGGGCAUGGGCCGAGUCCCGGCUGAGCUGCAUCGUCCUGCAGCCGCUGGCGGGGGACCCCGGCAGGACUGAAUUCGGGGUGUUUUCUCUCCCAAAGGGCUGGAUCCCCACGUCUGUCAUUAACCGCAUCCUGCCGCAGUCCCAAGCAGACUUCAUCAAGCGCCUCCGCCGGCACCUCUCUGCCACCGUGUGCCCCUGA